ACUCGUGUCCCGCCGCGAUGCCGGCGGCCACCCCCGCCUCGGUCACGGCCAUGCAGCAGGUCCUGGACAACCUGAUGGGGCUCCCGGGGUCCCCGGGGGUGGCCGACCUUGACCUCAUCUUCCUGCGGGGCAUCAUGGAGAGCCCCAUCGUCCGCUCCCUGGCCAAGGCGCACGAGCGGCUGGAGGAGCGGAAGUUGGAGGCGGUUCGCGGGGACAACCUGGCGCUGGUGCAGGAGAUCCUGCGGGACAUCGGGCGGCUGGCGCGGCCCGACGGGCAGGGGGCGGCGGCCGAGCUGGCCCGGAUCCUGCGGGAACCGCACUUCCAGUCGCUGCUGGAGACCCACGACUCGGUGGCUGCUAAGAGCUAUGACCCCCCCCCAAGCAGCCCUGGCCCAGAGCCCCCCCUGGGUCCCAGCCCUGCCCCCGAUGCCGUGCGCAUGGUGGGCAUCCGCAAGGCAGCCGGGGAGAACCUGGGGGUGACGUUCCGGGUGGAGCGGGGGGAGCUGGUGAUCGCCCAUCUGCACGGGGGGAUGGUGGCGCAGCAGGGGCUGCUGCACGUGGGGGACGUGAUCCGUGAGGUGAACGGGCGCGAGGUGGGCAGCGACCCGCGGGCACUGCAGGACAGCCUGCGCCACGCCAGCGGCAGCGUCGUCCUCAAGAUCCUGCCCAGCUACCAGGAGCCUCACCCGCCCCGCCAGGUGUUUGUCAAGUGCCACUUCGACUACGACCCGGCCACCGACAGCCUCAUCCCCUGCAAGGAGGCCGGGCUCAAGUUCAUGGCCGGGGAUCUGCUGCAGAUCGUCAACCAGGAUGACCCCAACUGGUGGCAGGCGUGCCAUGUGGAGGGGGGCAGUGCAGGCCUGGUGCCCAGCCAGCUGCUGGAGGAGAAGCGCAAGGCUUUCGUCAAGCGGGAUGGGGAGGUGGCCCCCACGUCGGGGGCCCUGUGUGGCAGUCUCAGCGGGAGGAGGAAGAAGAGGAUGAUGUACCUGACAACAAAGAACGCCGGUGAGUGUCGGCAUGAGCUGCUGAUCUACGAGGAGGUGGCGCGGAUGCCGCCGUUCCGCCGGAAAACGCUAGUGCUGAUCGGGGCGCAGGGCGUGGCGCGCAGCCUCAAGAACAAGCUCAUCAUGUCGGACCAGGCGCGUUACGGCACCACCAUCCCCUACACAUCUCGGAAGCCGAAGGAGAGCGAGCGGGAUGGGCAGGGAUAUCGCUUCGUGUCCCGGGGGGAGAUGGAGGCCGACAUCAAGGCUGGGAGGUACCUGGAGCACGGCGAGUACGAGGGAAACCUGUACGGAACCAGGAUCGACUCCAUCCGAGCCGUGGUGGAGGCUGGCAAGAUGUGCAUCCUGGAUGUCAACCCCCAGGCAGUGAAGGUGCUGAGAACAGCUGAGUUUGUGCAUAUGUGGUGUUCAUCGAGAGCCCCCUGCCCCGAGACCCUGCGGGCCAUGAACCGAGCGGCCCUGGAGAGUGGUGUGGCCACCAAACAGCUCACGGGUGGGUAUGCCCAGCGGACGGUGGAGGAGAGCAGCCGGAUCCAACGUGGGUACGGGCACUACUUUGACCUGAGCCUCAUCAACGACGACCUGGAGCGAACCUUCGGGAGGCUCCGGGAGGCCAUGGACCACCUGCGUGUCCAGCCCCAGUGGGUGCCUGUCACCUGGGUCUACUAGUGACCACCCCACCCCGCAGGGGGGGCCAUAAAACCCUCCCCUCAACCCCCCCAGCCCACCCAGGAGGGCUGUGGGGGGUGGAGGGGGGUUGUGCCUCACCCACUGGUGUGAUGAGCUUGUGCUCAGCACCGUGGGGGUGUGUGUGUGUGGCUCUCUGUAGAGCCCCCCAACCCAAGCCUGACCCUUCUCUCACCCCUACUCAGCCCCAGAUUUGGGGGGGUGGAGGCAGAAUCAGCCACUGGGGGCCACAUGGGGGGGCACGGCCACCCCCCACCAUGCCCAGCACCCACACAGCUAAUUCACUGCCAAAACCUCACCCCCUCCCCAAAUUACCCCAGGGGGUUGUGCCACUUCUCAGAUGGGGGACACGGGGAGGACAGGGGUCCCCCCCACUCUUCAUAGCCCCCCGCCUCAGUUUCCCCAUGAGGAAGCCCACCCUGUCCCAGAUUGGGACCCCCAGGAUUGGGGUCGGGGGGGCUGUGGGGUUUUAGGUGGGGGGGUCACACCCAACUGGAGCCUUAGAAGCUGCUGUGGCCCCAAGUGUCCUGGCCCACCCCUCCACCCCCCCAGGCCACAACCCCCCCGUGGGACCCCCUUUCCCUUUACCGGGGUGGGGGGUCCCUCUCUGUCCUUUUGUGGCCCCCCUCCCCAGGUAGCAAUAACCCCUCCCUCCCCCCUCCCCACUCGGGUUUCUCCCUGUAAUAACUCUUAAUUAACCCUGUAAUUAACCCCAUGGGGGGCUGUGGCUCGGGGCUCGCUGGGGGUGUCUGGGCUGGGAAUGGUGACACAUGGGGUGACCCCAAGGGACAGGGACACGGGUAGUGCAGGGUGUGUCCCCAUGUCCCUCCUGCCCCAUGUCCCCCACCUCGCCCCCCCCGGCCCCUCCCUGUCCCCCCCUUGCUCCUUUUUGGUACUUUGCUGUGGAUUUUAUUAAAGGAGAGAAAAAUGG